AUGACAACAAGACCUUUGGUGAUUCUAACCAUCGGCCUUCUUGGGUUUAUACUAUAUUCAGAAUGUCAAAUCAGUGCAAUGUUCGGAAAUCCUAUUCAAGCUUCAAACUGUGAGAGUUGGUCAGAAUGGGGCCCUUGUGUGUGGCUAAAAGGAAAAGAGAAAAGAUGGCAACGCUCAUAUUUCGAACAAUUACUCCCUGGCCGUAAAGGGUGCAGAAACCACGUCUUCUUCCGUCUUCUCAAGGAUCGUUGGGGGGUUGCUUUCAACAAUUUCUACAACUAUCUGAGAGAUACGACUACUAGUGAAGAGCAGUGCGGAGAGUGCUCCUACCAGCAGAGUUGUGGUAGAAAGUGUCAUAGAAGAGGAGACAUUGGAAUCAUCAACCCACUCUUCGUCGCUGAGCGAAAAUGCAUGGGAGUAGAUCAAAGCAAAGCAUGCGUGUCUACUUUCAUGCCAGACUGUAAACUCUGGCCAAAUAACAAUAUUCAAUUGCCAAAUGUGACGGAGUCAAUGCAACAGAUUAUUGAUAAUUUGGAUUACCUGCAGUGUGUUCCAGAGCAUAGACCCUCCGGAUCUGUAUGUCGUUGCUGUUGCCAUCCAUACACACCAAAUCCACAAACCUUUGAAUGUGAACUCAAACCAUAUUUGGCCGGAAAAUAA